GGGGCCGCCUUCCGCUUCCGGCGGGGCCGUGAGGGCGCGGGGCAACCGGUGGCGGCACCAUGGGCAAGUCGGAUUUCCUCAGCCCUAAGGCCAUCGCCAACCGCAUCAAGUCCAAGGGGCUGCAGAAGCUGCGCUGGUACUGCCAGAUGUGCCAGAAGCAGUGCCGCGACGAGAAUGGCUUCAAAUGUCACUGUAUGUCUGAAUCCCACCAGAGGCAGCUACUGCUGGCUUCUGAAAACCCUCAGCAGUUUAUGGACUAUUUUUCGGAGGAAUUUCGAAAUGAUUUCUUGGAACUACUCAGGAGGAGAUUUGGAACGAAGAGAGUCCACAAUAAUAUUGUGUACAAUGAAUAUAUCAGCCAUCGAGAGCAUAUCCACAUGAAUGCCACACAGUGGGAAACACUGACUGAUUUUACUAAAUGGUUAGGGAGAGAAGGUCUUUGCAAAGUGGAUGAGACUCCCAAAGGCUGGUACAUUCAGUACAUUGACAGGGACCCAGAAACUAUCCGUAGACAGCUAGAGCAAGAGAAGAAGAAGAAGCAAGACCUUGAUGAUGAAGAAAAAACAGCUAAAUUCAUUGAAGAACAAGUUAGAAGAGGUUUAGAGGGGAAAGAACAGGAAAGGCCUGUCUAUACUGAACUAAACAGAGACAAUGAUGAAGAAAAAGUUGCAUUUAAUUUAAACAAAGGCGCAAGUACUUCAGUAGCAGCAUCUUCUAAAGCAAGUGUCCUUGGGCCCAGUGCAUUGAAGAUGGUGGGAGGAACCGGAUCGGUUAAACGGAAAGAAACUGGUCAAAGCUCAGGUCAGUCAAAGGAGAAAAAGAAGAAAUCUGCACUGGAUGAGAUCAUGGAGUUUGAAGAAGAAAAGAAAAAAACGGCCCGAACAGACUACUGGUUGCAGCCUGAGAUUGUUGUAAAAAUUGUAACAAAAAAGCUAGGUGAGAAGUAUCACAAAAAGAAGGCAGUUGUUAAGGAAGUAAUCGACAAAUACACAGCAGUGGUAAAGAUGAUUGAUUCUGGAGACAAGCUGAAACUUGACCAGACACAUCUAGAGACAGUAAUCCCAGCACCAGGAAAGAAAGUUUUGGUGUUAAACGGAGGUUACAGAGGAAAUGAAGGCAUCUUGGAAUCUAUAAAUGAGAAGAGCUUCUGUGCUACAAUAAUAAUUGACUCUGGGCCUUUAAAAGGACGCCGAGUUGACAGUAUUCAGUAUGAAGACAUUUCCAAACUUGCUUGAGACUUGAGUUAAGGCACCAUGGAUUUUUGGAAACCAUCAAACUUUUAUGUUCUCCUUACAAAUGCAAUGCUCUACUAUGUCAGGGUUUUUAAUUAGUAUGUGUAUAUGUAUAUUUCUAUAAUAUAGCUGUAUAUAGAGAGAGGAUUGACCACAAACAAACUGGGUGUAUGUAAAGACUGCUGUAAAUCUGUAACCUAAAUAUUUGUGGAAAUUUUGUCUUAGAUGAUUGUGUAUGAAAGUUGAACUAUAUUGUAACCAUUUGGGUUCCUUUUGUAAGAUACUGCUGAUAUCUGUGGGCUGGAACUUCUUUCUUGCUGAACUAUGUUAAACAUUUGAGAAAAUAUCUCACCUUAAAAGGGUCCCUUAAGUCAGGUGCUACACGUGUGAUAAUUGUCAGAGUUUGUCUAAGGUACUUUUGGACCAGCUACUGAAACUGAAUUCUUCCUUCAGGAAUAAGUGAAGGGAUGGAAAGACUAGCAGAAACAUAACAGUGCUGCAGCAAAAUAGGUUUCAGGGUUGCAAUAAUAUACCUAAGAGUGGUAUUAAAAUUGUGACCCACCAGUUUUUAGAGCUAUCUCUAAAUUCUCUUAAUAUUUUGAUACACUUCCCUUGGUCCUGUCAAAGCCACUGGUAUUUACAGGAAGUGACUUGCCUGCAUGGACUCCAAAACAGAGCCCUUUAUUGGCAUGAAUUACAAUACAAGCACAUUUGUGAGGCCAGCUGGGUGCACAGUCUCCUCAGUGACCUGAUACAAGCUGAUCUCGGUGCUUUGUCCUUUGUGCUUGUUACUGCCGUUUCUCAGCUCUACUGCAAGUCACUUUUACUUGUAAUCCGUUUUCAAAUAUGUCCCGUUUUGUGACAUGGUUUUGUACAAUGUUUAUUUUUAAAGCAAUUUAUAGAAUAAAAGCAGCUCUUUCUCAGCACGUAUCCCCUUCUAAUCAGGAGGAUUGCUCGAUUGGCUUGCUACUAUCGGGGAGCACCAGCAGAGAGAGGGGCAGGUGAAUUUCUUGCCUUAUUUGUUCAAAUAACUACAAGUGACAGACUGUCCUCAGAAGAGGACAGCAUUACGUUAUGGCUGGAUGUGUCUCUAAUUAGAUCUUCUGUCUUCUUGGAACAUGACAGAAAUGGUCUUCCUCCAACUAAGUGUAACUACAGAGGACAAAUCGCUUGUUUAUGGCCACUUGAUUUUUAAAAAAUAUAUAAUUAAGUCACUACUGAUCCACUCUCUUUUAUUAGUGUUUUUGUAGCACUUGGACUAAGCUAGGAUUCCUUUUUGGUGGCCAUUGUAUAAAUGCGUAGGAAUACAUGGUCCAGAGCUGGAGAAGCUUUAAAUGCACCUGAAGGGAAGAUAUGCAUUAGGGGGUGACAAGCAUUAGGCUCACACAACAGGGGAGGGGCUGUUGAUUGUAACAGUGGUGCAGUCAUUAUAUGGUUUGGGGCCACCAUAAGUUGGUGGUUCUGAAUCAUGUAAAUAGUUGGGAAAGGAGAGGGGAGAUCUGUAUUGACUUAAGCUAGAAGGGCACUGUUGAAGAGGGAGAAGUCAUUUAAUUGGGUGAGAGGAGAUGGGGAGAAAGAAUGGGGUGUGGUGUGGAUAUGAAUGCAUUUGGCAAUAGUGUGGGAAAUUCAGCGUGUGGGGCAGGAGAGAAGGGAGGUCAUAGGGACUGGCAGGGGAUGGUGAUCCCCAGAGCAUCUUCCACUGGACUGGAGAGCAAGAAGGAAGGGACUGUAGUUCCUCAUGCUUGGCUUUUGCUGGAGCUGUGGCCAGGAGGUCUUGCCUCUGAAAAUGUCUGUGUUUGGUAGAAACUCUAGGAGGCUUGCUGUCCAAUGGAGGCUGCUGAACAUGGGCUAUGAGUCCUCAAUGUUUUGGUUUCAGUAGCAAUAAAGCCUGACCUUCUGCUAACUCCGAGCAGUUCCCUGGGGCUGAGCUGACUUGACUUGUUUCUUUCUUAACAGGCACAUCUUCUGUAGGAACCUAAUGACUGGAUAGUGAAAGAAGCAAUGACGAUGGGUUGAGAUAGCUAUAGUCUGAAAGCUCCUGAUGUUGGCAAAAGAGAUAAGCUCCAUAGAUGUGCACAUUUUUCUUUUGCCUGAGGUUUUUUUUUCCACUUGAAUUAUUAGUCUCACAGGGACCCCUGCAGGUGAAAUAAUAGAUUGCACAUGUUUCUGACACCUACUGUGUUUAAUGUUCUUGUGUAACAUUUCAUUGCUGAUAAAAUUGCUUCUUUUAACUCCAGGAGUAACUGAAAUGCAAAGCCAAGCAGUGACACAGUGACUUAAGGAAAACCUUGCCUCUGAAUUUGUUUUAAGAAAUUUAUGCAGCUUGAUGUCAAAUGACACUUCACCCUCACUCAAAGCAGUUCCUCCCAGUAUGGGUGAAAGAAAGCAAGUAGCAAUAUCUCCGUUUUCUAGAUAAAGGACAGAAAGAAAAGUUACUCCCUCAGAAAAAGAGCCAGGAAUGAAUUCAAGACAGCCUGGCUAGGAUUUGUAAAAGCCCCUACAGUUGAGCCCUAAAUAGGUGGACCAGUUUUUUGUUUUUUGUUUUAAAGCAAUGAUAUUUGCACUGAGGUCAGGGGAAGCUCUUGGAUAUGCAGCAUUUUGUACACAAGAUCAUCUAUUAGGUGAUUACAUAUAGAUUUAGGAGCCUAAUGUUAAGUACUUAUUUUUUUAUAAAACAUGUUGGGAAAUCCCUACAUUCAUUCUUCCAGUCCCAUUGCUCCAUUGAUCAGGUUUGAGAUUUUGCUCCCACAUAUUGUUAACAUACUUAUUUUAAAGGAUGUUCAGAGCUGGUUUUAGGAUUUGUCACUAUUACAGCAUCUAUGCCCAUUGCAGUGUGGCACUUUCCCCUCUUGUUGGAUGCUGCUCUCUUGAUCUUUUCUAGAAGGCUGUCCAUCCAGUACCUACCCUCUGCAACAGAACCAUUAGCCAUUUUUAUAUUGUGUAAAAUUACCCAAUUAAAAAAAAAGUUGUCCAUGA